GGAGGGGCGGUACAGGGAUGCACCAGCACCCGGCCGCUGCUCCGCUGUCCCGGACUGCAGAGGAAGGAUGAGUUCGGGGCCUUGAGGUGCCCCGAAUCCCGCGCGCACCUCAGCUCCAGGCCCCGACUUUAUGCACCACCAGCACCUUGCCCAGCGCUGCCGGGAGAGAUCUGAGGCUGGCAGGGAGGGCAGCAGGCCAGGGCAGCGAGGUCAAGGGGUAGGACCGUCGGAGAGUGGAGAGUAGAGAGUCGCCAACGCACGGCCCCUCUGGUUGUUCUGAGUUCUCUGAGUCUGCCCCCAUCCCCACCCCACCCCCCGCGUAGUCGCGCUUCUGAAGACAGGAACCUCAUUGUUGGCUACAGAAAGAAUCAGAGUGAGGUUGGCCAUGGCUAACUGGAUCUGGAAAACACUCUGGGUGAAGUGGCCACUGUGCAAUGUGGCAGCUAUCCAUUCUGUGUCUUUGUACUUCUGUUUGCUGAACUGGUUUGGGUAGGAGGUCACUGUCAAGGACACCCUUUCCUCCAUCCUCAGGUCCGUGUAGGUUUGGGGGAUGCACAUUCUCUUCCCCACGGGGAGAUCUAAGCGCCUCCUUGGCACAGAGGUACAGAUGUUGCCCUCCACUAUCCCAGUGUAGAUGCUGUCCCAGCUCUCUGGCAGCUCCCCAGUGAGGCUGGCAGGCAGGGAAAGCAAGCAGAAGGAUGAUACCCUGCUGGGGUGCCCUGAGGACAGGCAGGGUCAGUGAAUGCUAGGAAAGAUGUGUUUACCAGAAAGGGGAUUGAGGGAAUGGGCCAUGUGGGGAGAGCCCUGAGGCAGGCUGUUUCCUGCCUGGCUCUCCUGGGAAGAAUGAGAGCUCAACAGGAUUAGGUUCUUGUGGGACCCUGCACUAAGAAAAUCCAGUGGCCGGGCUCUUGUCAUCGGAAGUCCUGCUUUGUUGGUGACAAAGGAGAUAUGAAGUGUCAUUCACUUCUCACUUCCAUUCCUGGGCGGGGGCCUACACUGUGGGAGGGGUGAGUCUGGGGGACCUGAACAGGUCUCUGAGUUGCUUGUCCUUUCCACUUCUCUACCCCAUGCACUGCAAUCUAUGCUGACACCAAAGUCCCCUGGUUAUAUCCCUGUCCCAGUCCUCACCCCCUGCUGCAGGCCACAGUUCCCUCUUUGUGUUUCUGUAGUUGUCAGAGCAGCUGAUGGUUUGGGGCUUCCCAUCAGGGGAGUUCAUAUCCAAACUGCAACCUGACCCAGUGAGGGUCUCUUAAGUUCCAGCAGGUCACAGGAAGAUGGGGGUGACCAGGGGCCUUAUCUUGUGUAUGCCCUGUCCUCAUAGUGCUCAUGGGUGAUGGAAGAAACCUAGAGUCAAGGUUCAGGGCCGUGUGUGUGUGUGUGUGUGUGUGUGUGUGUGUGUAGGGUUGCACCUGCCCCUUGUGCCUAUGUCCUGUUAGGGUGUUUAGGUGGAAAGCCUGCUCACUUGGGUGUGUCUCUUGUCAGCUGACUGGUGUGUCAGGUGGUUUAUGAAGAGGGACAAUGUUCAUGGCAUGGCAGAAUGACAGAUGGAAUGAGAGACCCUUGGAGGGCAGGGAAUGGAGGCACGGGGGGGCACUGAGAGGAGUGUCCGUGUGUAGAGUCUGCCCUGGGAUUGGCUUUCCUGGUGUGUGCUCUUCACACGUGGAGCACCUGAGCGUAUGGGAAGUCCAUCUCAAAAGGCUUGGCCUGCCUCCACGUGUCUCUGCCUUUUCUGUCCUCCCUUCUCAUUUCUCUCCUCAUCUCCUUGGGCCUGUGUGGGUCUCCUUCCUCUGCUCCCCUGUCUGUUCUUGCUGGGACCCCAGAAGAAUUGCUUUUCUGCCUGGUGUGGCCUGAACAGACAUGUUAAGGCGGUGCUCGGGCUGUGUUACCAGGAAUCAAAGCCAUUUCUUAAAUCAGUUCCAUUUCUUAACCAGUUCUUAGAAACCAGAGUGGGUGAAGUGUGCGCUGACUGGGUGGUCCAGGCCUCUCAUGUGCAGGCCGAGUCCUGACCCUCUAGCUCUGUCUCUGUCUGAGUCUCAUGGCCAGGUGACUUUUCUGUGUCGGUCCUCUAGGUUUCUUGAGGUGGUUCCCAAGGUAUGGGGUGCAGAAACUCACACACAGAUAGAGGGACCUGGGGGUAAUGGGUGGUGGGCAAGAGGGAGAUCAGGUCCCCAGAUGUCCCUUAAGGUAGGGCUUGCCUUCAGCUGCUUGCUACUCUCUCCUCUGCCACCAGUGGGUUUCAGUGUCUGUGAGAAAGCACAGCGGGAGUGGGAGUGCGUCCCAGACCCCCAUGGAGAAUCAGAACCACAAACAAGACUGGCUGCCUCCAUAAAAGAGUUCCCCAGAGGGGCAAAAGAGAAAGAAAGGUUUACUUUUUUCAUUGAAUAAAUAUUAGUAAGAAUGAUAACAUUGGCCCAGAUGAAACCCAGGAAGAAGCUUCCCAUUGCACACGCAUGGUCUCACAACAAAACUUGGCUGGUCGUUAGGCAGGAAAAUGUCACAUAUCACAUACAACUCAUGAGUCCACCUGGUUGUUGGGGGUGACUAUCUGUUAGAUAAUUGCCCUUAUCCAAAUUAAAAAUAAACAUCAUAUUUUUAUGACAGAAAAAAAGGUGCCAGCCUGCUGGAGGGAGGCAUCCAGUUUCCCUGAGGAGAGAGGCCUCUGGGCUUCCUGCCUGUUUCAUAUCUCCAAUGGAUGGCUCCCAGACCCUUGAGGAAGACAGUGGGUUGUCAAGCUGGCAAGAGGCUUAUUUAGUUUUGAAAAGAUUUACAUUUGUUUAGAGAGGACAGAGUCAGAGCUUAGCAACUAAAAGGAGGUGUCUUCCCUCCCCCCCCCCACCCCGUGCAUCUGGGGUUUGUAUUUCUAGUCAGGGCUCUUGAUUUCUAGCCUGGGUAAGCACCCCCAGAGCAGACUCAGGAAGGGGAGGGGAGACGUCAAAUUGAGGGCUGGUCUCUAGGGCCCAGAGUUGGUUUUCUAGUGGAGAGAACCCAAUCAAAAGUACCAAGAAGUUCCUGUCCAGGGCUAGCAUGAAACAAGCUUUGAAUUUCUAUUGGGCAGCUAGCCACAGAGUCCUUGGUUGUGCUAAGGGAGUAUUGUCAGGUGAAGCUGGGCCCCUUAGGAGAAACAGUCACACCAAUGUGGUGAAUAGCAUGAGACCACCUGUGAGCCACAGCACAAAGCCAGGCAGUAGACUUGGGAAUACACAGACCAGUAAAGAUCCUGUCAGGUGAUAGAAAGUGUUGGUGGUGAGCUAGGGAGUGUAGCUCAGUUCGUCGAGUGGAUGCAUAGCAUCCUGGAAGCCACGAGUUCUAGCCCUAGCACUGCAUAGAAAGGCAGGCAUGGUGGCACAGGUCUGUGAUGGCCGCACUAGGGAAUGACAGAAAGCGGUGAGCUGAAGGUCAUCCUGAGUACGUGGCAAGCGAGGCCACUCUGGCUUACACAAGACAUCGCCUCACACUUAAAUACAGAGAAAUGGAAAAGAAAGGUGAGGGGGGGUUAGGCUUGUACACUGAGGUCCCAGGGUGAGCCAGGCACUCUGGUAAGGUACCACUUAGAAGGAGGAAGCGAGAGUGAGAGGGAGAGACUGUAGUGAUGAGCAGGGCAGAGGGGGUCAAAGCCUGGGACAUCCAAGCAGCUGUAUAGUCUGUCUCAAGCCACACCCCAGGUAUAAAAGGAAGCAGCUAAUGUUCAAAAGAUGAUCAUAAAAUAAAAUUGAUGGAGCUGGAGAGGUGGCUCAGAGGUUAAGAGCACUGGUUGCUUCCAAAGGUCCUGAGUUCAAUUCCCAGCAAGCACAUGGUGGCUCACAACUAUCUAUAAUGAAAUCUGGUGACCUCUUCUGGCCUGCAGGUGCACAUGUAGGCAGAAUACUGUAUACAUAAUAAAUUAAUAAAUCUUUUUAAAAAUAAGAUUUGUGAAUGCUUGAUCAUGGACUAGGGAGUGGUGAUCUAGCACGUUCUUGGUGGUGGUGGCAACGGCGACUGUGGGAUGUAUUGUUCGAGGGUUGGAGGAGUGUCCCACUGACCUAGGACAUGCUGGCCAAGCACUCUGCUGGAGUCACACCCCCAGCUUCUCCAGGUGGCAGGGCUGAGACCUCCCCAGCACUGAUGCCGAGGGAGGCCUGCAGGGAUGGAGAGCGGCCUGGCUGGCAGUGGCUCAGGAGAUGGGCUGGCAGGGAUCAAGCAGGAGAAACCAGAGUGGCCGCUGCAGACUGUGGUAUCUCAGGCUGCGCUUCCAGAGAAGGACAAGGAAAACAUAUUUCAGCCGCAGAGUGGCCUCCCACCGUGCCAGACCAUGGGGCAGCAGGCUAUGGGGUCACAGGAGGAAAUUGGGGGUGCAUGGUGGGCCCCACCCCCUGAGCAGGAUGUCCGGCUGGCUGCUCGAGUUCCGGGGAUAGUUCCAGGCCCUCUGAGCCCUGCACUUUCUGCGGGUGUGGGUCAUUUCGUGUGCAUGGAUUGUGGGAAAAGGUUCAGCUGGUGGUCAUCCUUGAAGAUCCACCAGCGCACACACACGGGCGAGAAGCCUUACCUCUGUAGCAAAUGUGGCAAGAGGUUUAGCCAGAAGCCCAACCUGGAGCGCCACCAGCGUCACCACACUGGCGAAAGGCCCUUCUGCUGCCCAGAGUGCACAAGACGCUUCAGUCAGAAGCAGCACCUGCUCAAGCACCAGAAGACUCACUCUCGGCCCACCACCCACUCGUGUCCAGAAUGCAAGCGCUGCUUCAGGCACCAAGUGGGCCUCCGCAUCCAUCUGCGAGCGCAUGCCCGGGACCGUCUGGGUGCCCAUGUAAGCUUGCAUGAGAUGCUCCAGUAUGCUGCGGCACGCCGCCGGGCCUGCCGCCUGCGCCCUGGAUCCCCACGCAGACGCCCUGAGUGGCUCUGGCUGGGGCUCUGCCAGGGCUGGUGGGGCCAGCACAGGGUACGGACAGCAGCCCACGACCGUUUAGGUCCCAAUGAGCAACGCCAGUUCAUCUGCAAUGAGUGUGGCAAGAGCUUCACGUGGUGGUCAUCACUGAAUAUCCAUCAGCGCAUCCACACAGGCGAGAGGCCCUACGCGUGCACUGAAUGUGGCCGCCGCUUCAGCCAGAAGCCCAACCUCACGAGGCACCUGCGCAACCACACAGGCGAGCGACCACACCCAUGCUUGCACUGUGGCCGCAGCUUCCGUCAGAAGCAGCACCUGCUCAAGCACUUGCGCACGCACUUGCCUGGUGCCCAGACCGCGAGGUGUACCAGCUGUGGGCAGAACUGCCCCAGCCGCGCGGCACUGAGGGCUCACCAGCGUGUGCAUGCUGCUACAGAGCUGCUGCGGUCGCGAUCUGCAGUCCAGAGUGGUGUGCCUGGUUCGGAGUCACAAGCUGAGAUUGCCCCAAGUGUGACUCUGAAGACCCAGAGUACUCAGGAUGCCAAGGAAGUCCUGUGUGGUCAGGAGUGCGAGACCCAGGCUGCACCCAGUGAGCAGCGCCAGUUCAUCUGUAACGAGUGCGGCAAGAGUUUUUCAUGGUGGUCAGCGCUCACCAUCCACCAGCGCAUUCACACCGGCGAGCGACCCUAUGCGUGCCCAGACUGUGGACGCUGUUUCAGCCAGAAACCCAACCUCACACGACACCGGCGCAACCACACUGGUGAGAGACCCUACCUGUGCACUGCCUGCGGCCGUGGAUUCCGUCAAAAGCAGCAUCUGCUCAAGCACCAGCGUGUGCAUCGUGAAGCUCAGGCCUCACACCCUGGCCCAGAGGAGGAAGGAGAGCUGUAGUGUGUGCCGCCUGUGUAGUUGAUGGUGGCAGGUGGUAGAAUGUGUGCUUGCAGGGUGUCGUGGGGAACAGGAGGGCCGGGAAUGCUGACUCUUGAUGCCCCUCGAGUUAGAGCCUAUUGAAAAGCUCCUCGAGGUUCUGAGGCCUGAGGAUGGUGUUCCAGAAGCAUCUCAAAGGAAGCCUGAGAAGUACCUAGUGGGGGAGGUGAGGUCAAAGCUGUGUCUGAUGGGAAUGUGUUCAUUAGUACAGCAUUUAGAACUGACCCCCAGCCUUAGGCACCUAGUGAAGAGCCCUAGGAAAGCCUCCUGUGUGAAAUGGCCUGGAACCAAUCAUCGGCAGCACUGUCCUGUCACAUAUGCUACAAGAUGGUUAGAUGGGUGGCCUCCAUGGGAAGAUGGUCACAGACUCCAAUUUGGCUAGGAGCGGUAAAUAUUUCCCCAGCACCAAGGACAGUGCCACCUGCAUCGGCUCAAUGAUUUGAUGGUCUCUCUCCAAUCCUGACUGUCUCACUGCUCAUGGUGCCAGGUGUGGCAGACCUGGCCUUAGAACUGAUAAAGUAUGGUAUGUGAUGAUUAGGGUUGGGUAUGGUCACAUGGUCUCAGCCAAGCUUGGCUACCUGGGAAAGUCGCUGUGCAAGAGUGGGCCGUGUGUUCCAAGUGUGCAGGUUUCUGUGACUGACAUGGGUCCUUACUCAUAAUGGUGUUGGAGAAAAAUGAAGGACUAAAUAUUC